UUAGGCUGAUAAGUAAGUUUCGUACUGUAAGUUUCGUCGUUAAAACUUAAGACACCCUGUAGAUAUAUAAAUGGAUCUAUUAUACUAACAAUAGAGCAAGUGGAUACGCCCCUGGGUGCACGAAUCCGCGCGUGCUUAAUCUUUGCGACUGUCACAUUCUGUCAAGCCCGGUUGUCAGCCUAUGCUCAUCAGCCAUGCUGUGUCUAACUGUAAAAAAUAACUUUUAGCCAUUAAGUGUCACUUGGUGCAGGUCCAAACUAGUAGAUAAAAAACGGUGGCUUGCAAUCGCGAUCAAACAUGUACCGUAUCUUUCCCGAUCUAAUAACCGAUACGGGUGUGUCUACGCGCGUGUUCCGAUACGUGAUUAAGUAUGUCAGUCAGUUUGUAAAAGUGCAAGCUUGUAGCUGUACCAAACAUUAGGUUACCAACAAACAGUAUAUUUCCUAACGAUGUCAGCUGACAUCCUGCAGGAUAAGAGCGUAGCCUUGAACGGCAAGAAUGACGUACCGGUAGUCUCGCAACCCAUUACCAGGGGUGGACUUAGAGUUUACAAGAUUGUUGUUUUGGGCGAUGGUGGUGUUGGUAAAUCAGCUGUCACAUUGCAAUUUGUCAGUCAUAGCUUUCUUGAUUAUCAUGAUCCAACUAUAGAGGAUUCAUAUCAGCAACAAGCAGUUAUAGAUGGUGAAGCUGCACUUUUAGAUAUAUUGGACACUGCAGGCCAGGUGGAGUUUACAGCUAUGCGUGACCAGUAUAUGAGAUGUGGAGAGGGUUUUAUGAUAUGUUACUCUGUAACUGAUAGACAUAGCUUUCAGGAAGCUUUGGAAUAUCGAAAAUUGAUAACACGUGUGAGAGCUAAUGAAGAUAUCCCAUUGGUAUUAGUUGGUAACAAAUUUGACUUGCAACAUCAGCGAAAGGUAACUACAGAAGAAGGAAAGGCACUUGCUGAGCAGCUUGGUUGCCCUUUUUAUGAAACAUCUGCAGCUCUUAGACAGUUUAUAGAUGAUGCAUUUUAUUCAUUAGUCAGACAAAUUCGAGCUAAAGAAAGAUCAAGAAAUUCGGUACGUAAACACAGUCGUUGGUGGCGGCUGCGUUCAAUUCUUGCCUUUAUAUUUAGAAGGAAGCAAAGACAUGUCAAUAGUCAUCAUUAUUCCCCUUAAUCGACGUAUUUGCAUAGAUAUCUUUUUGAUAGCGUUUGUUUUAAAUUAACAAAUUAUGGCAACAUAAACAGUUUGGAAUUCUACAGAUUACACAACGAACAAAAUUUUUUAUGCUUCUUUUAUAUUUUAUAACAGUCCUUCAAUUUAGGGAUUAAUUCACUAAUAUCUCACUGCCUCAUCUUUAACCCCAUUAUAUUUUAAAUGUAGUAAUGGAAACAUGAAAUAUAGACUGCAGUUCAUUAUUUUUAUUAUAAACUUUACACUAAUAGCUUCUAUUACAUUGAGAAGUUAUGUAAAAACUUAUAU